AUGUCUGCCCCUGUCGCAAAACCCGACGACACGAGCAGUGGUCCCGACAGCAAGUCGCUCGAUGGUGCUUCAGAUCAGCAACCUCAGGUUGCUGCUGCUCCCGCUAGCCAUGCCAAGGCCUCCUUCCUCGAGACCAUCGGUCUCAUCGACCCCAAGCCUGAGGCUCGCGUAGCCUGGAACGGACAAAAUCCGAGCUGGUUCCGCUCGGUCUUUUUCAACAUUACUGUGCUUGGAGGGUGCUCUUUUCUCGCCCCAGGAAUCUGGGGAGCCAUGGCUGCGCUCGGCGCAGGCGGCUCCCAGGAUCCUAGCACCGUCAAUGCUGCCAAUUCUCUGACCUUUGCACUCAUGGUCAUCACCAGUUUACUCACCCCUUCGCUCAUCGGCCUUACAAGCGCGAAAUUCUGCUUGAUCAUCGGCACUAUCGGAUAUGCCCCCUAUGCCGCUGGACUCUACCUGAACAGCGCAAACCAGUCGCAAUGGCUCAUCAUCCUAGGCGCGGCGCUAUGCGGAAUUAGCGCGGGCACCUUCUGGAGCGUUGAAGGCUCGAUUGCCUUGGGUUACCCUGAAAGAUUGAAGCAGGCACGAUACAUCUCCUAUUGGUUGAUGUUUAGAGUGCUAGGACAGCUUCUCGGAGGUAUCAUCAACCUCGCGCUUAAUUAUAAUGACGCGGAAAAAGGCUCAAUUUCAACCAACACGUACCUCGUCUUUGUGGUCCUUCAAUGCAUCGGUCCCUUGUGGGCUAUGCUUCUGUCCCCACCUCAUAAGGUGCAGCGACAGGACAGGACCCCCGUGUACCUGCACAUCGAGUCAUCAACCAAGCGCGAGUUGAAGCUCAUGUGGAAGACCAUCACCAAGCCCACUGUUCUUCUUCUCCUCCCGAUUAUUUGGCAAUCUACCUGGUCAGAGGCGCUCAUCGGUACGUACGCGGUCAACUACUUCACGGUUCGAUCUCGUGCACUCGGAUCACUUCUGUCCGCCAUCACGGCAAGUAUUUCCAACUACCUGCUCGGAUUCUUCCUCGAUUGGAAGAAACCCACCGUCAACACACGUGCCAAAUAUGCCUUCCUCUUCAUCUACUCGAUUCAAGCAGCUUGGUGGGCUUGGGCGAUCUACAUCAUGAACAAGUACCACAACACCACUCCCAAACCCACCUUCGAUUGGACCACCCCUGGUUACGGUGCAGGGUUCGGCGUUUACAUCUUCCUCCAGAUUGGGUUUAACGUCAUGUACGAGCUCAACUACUGGAUCAUCGGAAACAUUUCGGAUGAUCCGGCAGAGAUUAUCAGGUUGGCAAGUAUCGUGAGGGCGGUGGAGAGUGCUGGUCAGUGCGUCAGUUAUGGCGUCAACAGCACCAGCUGGAGGCUGGAUGCCGUGGCUGGGUUAAACACGGCUCAGUGGGCGGUCAGUGUGCUGCCCGCUUGGUUGGUGGUCAGGAAGAUCGGUAUUUUGGGGGAUGGUACAAAGAUCCAUGAGGCGAGGACAUAUGCGGGCGAGGAGGAGAGGAAGAAGUUGAAGGAGGAAGGGCUGAAGACCGCCGAGUUUGAUUUGAAGGGUGACCUGUGA